AUCGUCAUCAAUCCUCGUCAUCGUCUUCUUCUUCUUUCUUCUUCUUCUUCUUCUUCAGCAUGGAUCUGCACAGCGCGGCACGUGUAGGAGACGUCGAGGCAGUGACGAAGCUACUUAUGGAGGAGAAGGUGAACAUGAACGAGCGCGACCGCCAUAACCGCACUCCGCUUCAUCUCGCUUCUUGGGCGGGGCAAGAGGAGGUGGUGCGGUUGCUGUGUGAGAGAGGAGCAGCGGUCGGCGCCACGGCGGCCGAUGACAUGGCAGCCAUCCAUUUCGCAAGUCAGAAGGGCCACUGUGGGGUCCUGAGAUGGCUGCUGCUUGCGGGGGCCAAAGCGAACGCCAAGAAUCGAAAAGGCCUGACGCCUCUGCAUCUGGCCGCUCAGGGAGGCCACGUGGAGGCGGCGAUGAUGUUGCUUCGAAAGGGUGCUGACGUGGAUGCCGUCAACAGGAAAGGACAAACGGCUUUGCAAACUUGUCGAAGCGACCAGGUGCGUAGAAUCCUCUCAGAGAAAAUCGCCGAGCAACAGAAUGCUCCCUCAAGAAAGAAAAAGACGGCGGCGGCGGCGCCGUCAUCAACGGAAAGACGAAGACAACAAGCAAGUUCCAUGGGGAAUUCCGUUGACGACAUCGAAAAACUGACGGUUACGACGACAACACCGACAGCAGACGGCGAUGGCGGCGGCGGCGGAGGAAACGAAGGAGGAGGAGGAGGAGGAGGAGGAGGAGGAGGAGGAGAGUUGAUGUCGCGUCGUGAAAUGGUGAAUGCUGAAGGUGAAGGCAAAUAUGGAUUAGGUCGAGAGCGGGAGUCGGGAUCGGGGGCUGCUUGUAGAAUGGAGGUCGGAGAGGAAGGAGGCAAAGAGAGGGAGCUAGGCAACGAGGGCGAAGAUCGGGAUCGGGAUCGGGAUGGGGAUGAUGCCCGAGUCUUGUCGCAGCAAGAUGGUUCGCAGGGAGGAGAUCGAAGCCGUCCCCAGGAUUCGCCGUCAUCGGCAAUCCCAAUGAGUGGCAGCCGUUCCCCUCGAGGGGGGGUUAUAGUAAAUGACAGAUCGAUGGAGAUGGGAGGAGGAGGUGGAGGUGUUCAAGGUGGGAGUGCCAACGUAGCAUCAGUCCUGGAAGCAGGGGUAGCAGUAGAAGGAGCAGUAGGAGGACUAGGAGGAGGAGGAGGAGGAGCAGGAGGAAGAGGGGGUGAAGGAGGAGGAGGAGGAGCAGGAGGAAGAGGGGGUGAAGGAGGAGGAGUAGGAGUGGGAGGAAGAGGGGGAGAAGGAGGAGGAGAAGGAGGAGGAGGAAUAGGAGGAGGAGGAGGAGGAGGAAGGGUAAAGGAGGGAGGAACGGAGGAGGGAAUGUGUGAUGAAGAGGGGGGGGAAGGAGUGAAAGAAGAUGUGGGUGAUGUGGAGAGAGGAGGGGAGAGAGAGGGUGAUGGACAGAAGAAGAAGCCGAAGCGGAUGAACGAGGUCAAGACGGGAAUGGAUUCGAAGAAACGAAAAGUCGUUUUGUCUCAUCUUGAAGCAGAGUCGGAUGACAUGGAAGAGGAGGACAAAGACGACGAGAAAGCGGAGGAGGAGGAGGAUAAAGAAGAGGAGGAGGAGGAAGAGGAAGAGGAAAAACAAAAGGAGGAGGAAGAGGAAGAGGAGGAGGAGGAGGAUAAAGAAGAGGAGGAGGAGGAAGAGGAAGAGGAAAAACAAAAGGAGGAGGAAGAGGAAGAGAGGAGGAGGAGGAAGAGGAAAAACAAAAGGAGGAGGAAGAGGAAUAAGAGGAGGAGGAGGAAGAGGAAAAAAAGGAGGAGAAAAGCGAGGAGGAGGAGAAAGAGGAGGAGGGAAACAAGGAGGACGAGGAGGGAAAAAGGAGGGGAAAGAGGAGUAGGAGGAGGAGGAAGAGGAGGAGGAGGAGGAAGAGGAAGAGGAGGAGGAGGAGGAGGUGGAGGAGGAAGAGGAGGAGAAAAACGAGGAGGAGGAGGAGGAGGAUAGAUAUGAGGGCAUUUGACUGCGAUUGACAAUGGUAGAAACGAUAUCAAUGGUUGAGAACCAGUACAGGUCGCGAUGAUCAUCAGUGAUGGUUGAUUAAGAGAAGGAUCUGUGCUUGCUGCUGCUGCUGAUGAGGAUGAUGAGGAGGAGGAGAACCGAGAUGCUAACGAUAACGGUCUGUGCUUGAUGAUGAUGAUCAUCAUGAGGGGGAGGAGAGUCGAUCUGUGCUUGAUGAUGAUGGUGAUGAUGAUGAGGAGAGCCGAUCUGUGUAGGCGGUGAAUUAGGUGCGAAGCGGUGAAAGUCGCCAGCUCAACUGGUGGAAUGCCUUCAAAACUGGUUGAGUGGAGUAAGAUAGAGGAAAGUGGAAAUUUCGAGUGUAGAGAUAAAUAAAGUUCAUAGACAUUA